ACAGAGAAUGGGCUAAGAGAUAAUGAUAUAAAACCAAGAGUCUCCGAAUGGGAAGUGAUUCAGGAAGCUGGUGUGAAACUCAAGCCCAUGUACGGCCCAGGAUACACCGGCAUGAAGAACCUGGGAAACAGCUGCUACCUCAAUGCUGUCAUGCAGGCCAUUUUCAGCAUCCCAGAGUUCCAGCGGGCGUAUGUGGGAAACCUCCCACGAAUAUACGACUACUCUCCUCUUGAUCCAACGCAAGAUUUCAACACUCAGAUGGCUAAACUGGGACACGGCCUCCUUUCAGGCCAGUACUCUAAGCCACCCGUGAAAUCUGAGCUUAUUGAGCAGGUGAUGAAAGAAGAACACAAGCCUCAACACAAUGGAAUAUCUCCCCGAAUGUUUAAGGCUUUUAUAAGUAAAGGCCACCCAGAAUUUUCCUCUAAUAGACAACAAGACGCACAGGAAUUUUUUCUACAUCUUAUAAAUCUAGUAGAGAGGAACCCGGUAGGUUCAGAAAACCCCAGUGAUGUUUUCCGGUUCCUGGUGGAAGAACGCACACAAUGCUGCCAGUCCAGAAAGGUCCGCUAUGCAGAGAGGGUGGACUAUAUCAUGCAGUUACCUGUUGCCAUGGAGGCAGCAACAAAUAAAGAUGAAUUAAUCGCCUACGAAUUGAAGAGGCGAGAAGCAGAAGCUGCAAGGAGACCUCCACCAGAGCUCGUCCGUGCCAAGAUCCCCUUCAGUGCCUGUCUGCAGGCCUUUUCUGAACCAAGCAACGUCGAGGAUUUCUGGAGCAGUGCCCUUCAAGCAAAAUCUGCAGGAGUUAAGACUUCUCGUUUUGCUUCAUUUCCUGAGUACUUAGUGGUGCAGAUAAAGAAAUUCACCUUUGGCCUCGACUGGAUACCCAAAAAGCUUGACGUUUCUGUAGACAUGCCAGAUUUUCUAGAUAUCAGCCACCUUCGGGCCAAGGGUCUCCAGCCAGGAGAAGAGGAACUUCCAGACAUUGCUCCUCCCAUUAUCAUUCCUGAUGACCCAAAAGAUCGAAUGACAAACCAUUUCGUGGAGUCUCUAGAUAUCGAUGACUCUUCGGUUAUGCAACUGGCGGAGAUGGGUUUUCCUUUGGAGGCCUGUCGGAAAGCUGUGUACUACACAGGCAACCUGGGUGCUGAAGUGGCUUUCAACUGGAUCAUUGCACACAUGGAAGAUCCAGACUUUGCUGAGCCAUUGGUCGUACCUGCAUUUGGAGAAGAUGCUUCCAGUGGAGCAGCUGCGUUUGGAGGUGUUGGGCUAGAUAACCAACCUCCCGAAGAGAUGGUUGCCAUUAUCAUUUCCAUGGGCUUCCAAAGGGAUCUAGCAAUUCAAGCGCUGAAGGCAACGAACAAUAAUUUGGAGCAUGCACUGGAAUGGAUCUUCAGCCACCCCGAACUGGAGGAAGAAAGUGAGCCUGCUCUGGACAUGAUGAACAUGGUGAACAACACUAAUGCCAAUGUCCUCGCAGAGACAGGGUCAGAGGGACCCAGGAUCAAAGACGGGCCUGGAAGUAAGUUCUCCUUUGUCUCUUCAUCAUGCCGUUGCAUCACACCUACACCAUUUGUAGAGCUCCUUUUUUGAAAAUAGCUAUCAUCGUGGGUUUUUGGAUAUGAUCCAGGCAAUUUACUUCCAAUCUUGCUUUUGGGGCUGAGUCCAGCUCUGCGGUGCUGCUAAGUUCUGUGGGAUGUGUUUGCUCAGAAAACUCUUUCCCUGGACUCACUGAAUAACCCGUGUCCAAGUUUCUUGUUGCCACAGUAUAUAUGUCUCCUGGCCUGGCUUUGCUUUUUUUUUGUUGCUGUAAGAUAAAAAAGACAAAGAAAAGCUAGAAUGUUUAAAAGCUGAGAAUCCUAAAGAUAACACUGCUUUUCUAGACCACCUGAGUUUCUGUCCUCCUGUGCUCUGAUGAGAGAUUGGAGCCCUCCAACCAAGUUCCUUAUUCUAAAUGUGGGAGGUGUAGGGGGUACCCUGCGU